AUGGUGAGCCCAACAGCCAGUGACGAGAAUGAUAAUCCAAGAAACGAAGCAGAAGAGACAAGCAGUGACGAGCAUGAUACUUCAGAAAAUGGCUUUCAACCUGCACCCUGCCACGAGUUAAAAGGCAGAACCAAUUCCAAGCCUUUUGGCGGGGAAAGUUCCUCAUCCACUGAUACCUUCAGAUUUGGAGACUAUGAUUACUCCUACACUUACAAGUUCUCCUACAUCUGCUGCUGUUGCAAUUGGAUCAGACGAAAAACACCAUCAAUCGAUUGGAAAGCUCUGGCCUUGGGGCAAUUGAUCAGUUUCAGUGGCGCCUCUGCCGGAGCCGCUCUGGCAACACUGAAUCUAGAUUGUCACUUGAAUGCACCAUCAUUUGUGGUAUCACUUUAUUAUUUCAUACUGUCAUGGUAUGUUUUGCUUCUCUGGAAACGUAGGAGGCACUUACAUCACCAACCUCUGGAUACGGAAGAGUCGUCACCCGACCUAACUUCUUCUUUCAACGACGAAGUUGAUUCAACUAUGCCCUACAAUGAUGUCAUAGAGCGCAAGGAAUCAUCAUCGACCACUGAAGAUGCGCCAUUGUCGCACUCCUUCUUUGGUUUAUUCCCAAUGCACAAACCAAUGUGGCAGUACUGCAUGUUAGCCUUUUUUGAUCUCGAAGCCAAUGUCCUUAUUGCUUCGGCGUUCCAAUACACCACCUUGACCUCCAUUACACUAUUUGACAAUCUUGCUAUUCCUACAGCAAUGUUAUUGUCAAGAUGUUUGUUUUCCAGAAAGUAUACGUGGAUCCACUUUGGUGGAGUCCUGAUUUGUAUGGUGGGCGUCGUCCUAAACAUGUGGAAAGACUACGACGACGAUCAAAAUAUCGAAGAAGAGGAAGAGUAUCCCCACAAAUUACGAGGAGAUCUUUGUGCUAUUGCUGGUGGUAUUAUGUACGGUGUGAUCAAUGUCAUGGUGGAAAUCACCAUUCGAGGAAGCAAUGAUUCGGCCGAAUAUCUUGGUAAUAUGGGCUUUUUUGGCUUUAUCCUUGCCACGAUUCAGGCUUGGAUUGUCCACCCAGAUGAGAUUCUCGCAUUCUUUGGAAGAGAUAUGGAAUUAGAUGGAGGGAUAGCGACUUGUCACACGGAGCGAUGGUGGAUAUUGGCAGCCUAUGUGGGGUGCACUGCUUUUGCCUAUGUCCUCGGCUCUCAUUUAUUUCAAAUUUCCGAAGCAACCUUCUUUGCAUUGUCACUGUUGACAGGAGACUUGUGGUCAGUUAUCUUUUCGGUUUUCUUCGAGCAUAUCAUUCCUCAUCCACUAUUCUUCUUGGCAUUGGUGUUUGUGCUGAGUGGAAUGAUCGUUUAUGAGAUGGCACCCUCUCCGGUUCUGGAGGAUCGUUGUGUUGUUGUUGACGAUGAAGAUGCCAACGGAGAAUUUAGCGCUCCAUUGCCCGUGUCUGGAAGCAACAUUCAUAUUGCUUCAUCUAGUAAUUAUGUUUCGGUGGUGGAACGGGAAGAGGCUGGCAACCCGAUCUCUGGAGGCAGCUGA